UUCCUCUUUUCUCUCAAUCUUCCAACUGAAUCGCUCCACGUUUUCAGCUUCUAGAAGUAGGCGUCACUGAAUCGUUUUCUUCUUCGAUGAAACUACAUUUAGUUGAAGCCAUCGUCUUCUUUGAUCCUUCGCCAUUAGUAAGGUUCCGUGGUCAUUUGCAACAUAUGGUCGCUAGUGGUCAUGGAUUUUCCUUCUUCUUCCACUUCUUCAGCCUCGCCUCUGCAACUCGCCAUGGCUGCUUUAGUCGGAGCAUCGCUUGUAGCCAUCUCCGCUUUUUUCAUUCAUAAGCGCAGCGUCGAUCAGGUUCUCGAUCGCCUUAUCGAAAUCCGUAAGUGUCCUUCUAAUGCACGACCUGGCGGACGACAACCAUUUGAGACUGAAGAAGAUGAAGACCAAGCUGAAGUAGAAGAUGAGGAUGUUGCCUCCGACAUUGAUAUCGAUCGGCGAUUCUGGAGACAGGGAGUCUCAUCGUCUUUAAAUGAUCACAAAACCUAUGCUUACAGAGUUUCUUCCUCUAUGCCUAAUGUAGUAUUAGCCAAAGACUGGAUGAAUGAGGGCGCCAAGUUCACUCAAGCUGCUUCUUUCGAUAAACUCAACCUCAUUCCGCAUGGGCUCCCAUCCCUGCAGACUGCUCCAAGACAUGGCAGCAAUCAAUGUUUAGGCUGUUCUGGUUCCAAUAAGAAUAUGACAACCACAUGUAGGCCGAUGACACCCAAAUCCCCAGGUCGAAAUGCAUUUGAACAUGUGGAGGACUCUGAUGACGGAGGCUAUGAACUUGCAAGUGACGAUGACAACUAUUUCAACCCUAAUAAUGAAAAUUCUACUCAAGUGGAUGGUAUAAAUACUGCAGAUCCAAAUAUUCGAGAUUCAUUAGUUGCUUCGUUUGAAGUAGAGGUUGCUAAUUCAGCUCAAGACCAGAAAUAUGGAGCAACUGUACGUAAAUCAACUUCUAAUGCAGAUUUGAAAGGAAAUCAAGAGGUAGAGACAGCUGCUUCCAUUGUGUCACCCCUGAAAACUGCAGCACAUGAAGCACCAAAUGGAGAAGAAGAGGAGGUGCUAAUGAUGAUUCGUGAAUGCUUGGCUCUACGGGAUAGAUAUGUUUUUCGGGAACAUGUUGCACCAUGGAUGGAUGGAACUGUUAUACAGUCUCACUCAAAAGAGCUGCAAACUGAUCCUUUUCAUUUUGAACCUGUUGAACCAACUGCACACUAUUUCAAGAUGGAGGAUGGGGUUGUACAUGUUUAUGCAUGCAAGGAUGAAACCAGAGAACUUUACCCAGUUGCAAGUUCAACACAAUUCUUCACUGAUAUGCAUUAUAUACUAAGAGUUAUAUCUCAGGGAAAUGCUCGCUCUGCAUGCAAUCAUCGUCUGCGCUUUCUUGAGGAGAAAUUCCGUCUUCAUCUGUUAAUAAAUGCAGAUCGUGAAUUCUUAGCUCAGAAAAGUGCACCUCACCGUGAUUUCUACAACAUUAGGAAAGUUGAUACACAUGUUCAUCAUUCUGCAUGCAUGAAUCAGAAGCAUCUUCUCCGCUUUAUAAAGUCGAAACUGAGAAAAGAGCCUGAUGAGGUUGUCAUAUUUCGUGAUGGAAAGUAUCUCACUCUUAAAGAAGUUUUUGAGAGCUUAGACCUGACUGGGCAUGACCUCAAUGUUGAUCUCUUGGAUGUACAUGCAGAUAAGAAUACAUUCCAUCGCUUUGACAAAUUUAAUCUUAAGUAUAAUCCUUGCGGACAAAGCAGACUUAGAGAAAUCUUCCUAAAGCAAGACAAUCUUAUCCAAGGGCGUUUUUUGGCUGAAGUGACAAAGCAAGUUUUGUCUGAUCUUGAAGCCAGUAAAUACCAGAUGGCAGAGUAUAGAGUAUCAAUUUAUGGGAGGAAACAGAGUGAAUGGGACCAGUUGGCAAGUUGGGUCAUCAAUAAUGCAAUUUAUAGUGAAAAUGCUAUUUGGUUAAUCCAGCUACCGCGAUUAUACAAUAUCUACCGGCAAAUGGGAAUUGUGACAUCGUUUCAGAAUAUUUUAGAUAAUGUCUUCAUUCCACUUUUUGAAGUCACACUUGACCCAAAUUCUCAUCCUCAGCUACAUGUUUUCCUCAAGCAGGUUGUUGGUCUUGAUCUUGUUGAUGAUGAAAGUAAACCAGAAAGACGUCCCACCAAGCACAUGCCCAAGCCAGCUGAAUGGACAAAUGAAUUUAAUCCUGCAUAUUCUUACUAUGCAUAUUAUUGCUUCGCCAAUUUAUACACCCUCAACAAGGAUCUAGUGACAUGGCAACAAUUGGCUUUGGUAGAGUGCAAGGUGGUCUGUAUAUACUUGAUAACGGAUCUUCUACGGUCUCUGCUUCGUGAAUCCAAAGGAAUGCAGACAAUCAAGUUCCGGCCUCACUGUGGAGAGGCAGGUGACGUUGACCACUUGGCUGCUGCAUUCCUUCUAUGCCAUAAUAUUUCUCAUGGGAUUAAUCUUAGAAAAGCCCCUGCCUUGCAGUAUCUGUACUACCUAAGCCAGAUUGGCUUAUCUAUGUCUCCCUUGAGCAACAAUUCCCUGUUCCUGGAUUACCAUCGCAAUCCAUUUCCGAUGUUCUUUCAACGUGGGUUAAAUGUUUCACUCUCAUCAGAUGACCCUCUUCAAAUACAUUUGACCAAAGAACCACUUGUGGAGGAAUAUAGUGUUGCAGCACAGGUCUGGAAGCUCACUGCUUGUGACCUCUGUGAGAUUGCUAGAAAUUCAGUCUAUCAAUCUGGAUUUUCCCAUGCAGCAAAGGCACAUUGGCUUGGGAGCCAGUAUUUCAAGCGAGGCCCUGAAGGAAAUGAUAUUCAAAAGACAAAUGUACCACACAUGAGAAUUGCCUUCAGAACUGAGACAUGGAAGGAGGAGAUGCAGUACGUGUACUCAGGAAAAGCCAAGUUUCCUGAAGAUGUAGUCCCUUGAACCAUGUGGAAAGGAGCAAGAUAACCGAUGUCUGAAGGUGAUGGUGAUGGUGAUGGUGCAGUGUUCUGCUACAGUUUCGGAUGAUUAUAUUAUGCAUCUCUUUGGCGAUUGGAUUGGCCUGCAUGCUGAUAUCUUUCAUGAUAGUCAAUCAUUAAUCGCCUCAUUGCAUGGCUCUAUUGCAGUAGAUUAGUGGCUGUGAAUAAGCAUGAGAGGAAGUAGUCCUUGUGAUGAGAAAAUUAUGUUUAGAGAGCAAAUUUGGUAAUGCCUCUCGAUUUCCAUGUUGAUAACUCUGGGACUUCUCUGGGUGCAUCCAUAGCUAUUCUCCAAAACAGUUACUGAUGAUGCACGCUGGUAAAUUCACCGUCUUUGUUUGCAAUUUUGAACUUCAAAAUGCCCUUUCAAUCA